AUUACUAUCUCACUGCAUCACUCCAAUUCAACAUUUUAGGGUUUUCUUCCGUUUCAAUUCCAAUUCCAGAUUUUAGGUUUUCUUUUAUUUCAAUUCCAAUUUGUUGAGUGUGCCGAGCGACAAAGACAACAAUGUCGUUUUCAAGGAACAACACGUUUUUAAGGUACGCUGUUUCUGUUUCCAUUCCCAAUUCAAGAUCAUACUCUCACUGUCUCCAACAUUUCAAUAAUGAUGAUGCUGUUUCCUUGUUCAAUCAAUUGCUCCAUAAGAAACCAACACCAUGCGCCCUUGAAUUUGGCAAAAUUUUAGGUUCUCUUCUCAGAGCCAAACAUUACCCUACUGUUGUUUCUCUUUAUCAACAAAUGGAAUUGAAUAGAGUUACUCCUGGUUUUGUAACUCACAACAUUCUCAUCCAUUCUCUUUCUCAAUUGGGUCAUGUUACUUUUGCUUUUUCUGUUUUCGCAAAGAUUCUCAAGAGAGGUUAUCACCCAAAUGUCAUAACCUUCAAUACACUCAUCAAGGCUCUCUGUCUCAAAGGUGACCUCCUUAAAGCAUUGCAAUUUCAUGACACCUUGGUAGCACAGGGGUUUCAGCUGGACCAUGUUAGUUACGGAACGUUGUUGAAUGGUUUAUGCAAAGCCGGACAAACAACGGCAGCCCUACAGUUGCUUAGACAAGUCGAUGGAAAAUUGGUUCAACUUGAUGUGAUAAUGUACAAUACAAUCAUUAAUAGUAUGUGCAGAGAUAAUCUCGUUAAUCAUGCAUUUGAUUUAUAUUCUGAAAUGGUUGCUAAGAAAAUUACUCCUGAUGUUUUCACUUACAAUGCUUUAAUGAGUGGCUUUUGCAUUGCUGGUAAAUUGGAAGAAGCAAUUCGUGUGCUUAAUAAAAUGACAUUGGAAAACGUCAGCCCGGAUGUGUAUACUUUUAAUAUAUUGGUGGAUGCUUUUUGUAAAAAAGGAAAGGUGAAAGAAGUGAAAAAUGUGUUAGCUAUGAUGCUUAGAAAAGACAUUAAACUUGAUAUUGUUACUUAUAAUUCUUUAAUGGAUGGGUAUUGUCUUGUAAAUGAAGUGAACAAGGCCAAUGAUAUAUUCAACAUUAUGUUUAAAAGGGGAGUGAAUGCUGAUGUUUGGAGCUACAAUAUCAUGAUUAAUGGAUUCUGUAAGAUUAAAAUGGUAGACGAAGCUAUAAGUCUCUUCAAUGAAAUGCAUUGCAGAAAAAUCAUUCCUAAUACAAUAACUUACAAUUCUCUUAUUGAUGGCUUGUGCAAAUUGAGGAGAAUCUCAUAUGCUUUGGAGCUUGUCGAUGAGAUGCGUGAUAGAGGUCAACCACCAGAUAUAAUUACUUGGAAUUCUAUAUUAGAUGCUUUGUGCAAAAAUCAUGAUGUUGACAAGGCUAUUGCAUUAUUUAAAGAAUUUAAAGACAAAAGUAUUCAACCUAAUGUGUGCACAUACACUAUUCUUAUCGAUGGAUUGUGUAAAGGUGGAAGACUAAAGGAUGCACGAAAGGUUUUCGAAGAACUUUUGGUCAAAGGCUACAAUCUUAGUGUCUAUACAUAUACUGUUAUGAUCCAUGGACUUUGUAACAAAGGCUUGUUUGAAGAAGCAUUGGCCAUGCUGUCAAAAAUGAAAGCUAGUAGUUACAUUCCAAACGCUGUUACUUAUGAAAUAAUCAUCCGUUCCCUUUUUGCUAAAGACGAAAAUGAUAAGGCAGAGAAACUUCUUCGUGAAAUGAUUGCAAGAGGUCUAUUGUAAGGCUGAAACUAGGAUUGGAGAUUAACUGCAUGUACGGCGUGUGGCCAAGAUCUCCAUGUGCGGCAAAGUAACGUGUUCUAAAAUCUGAGUUUGAAGUUUGAUGUUUGAUUUUGUGUUCUUCAUUUAUCCUACUCAGUUCUUGAUGUUGUAGUUACUUUGAGUUUGUUAAUCUUGCUGUGAACUCGUGUUCUGAGUUUGAUGAGUAGCCCUAAAUUUAAAGGAGUAUGGCCAAGACAGAUUGCUAUAUAGUUUCAGAACAGGAGGACUAGGUUGAAGACCAAGCAUUUGGAAUAAAGACAAUAACAAUAUGAAACUUUCAAGGCGAGUAGAAUCAAAAUCUUCAGACAGAGGUUUUCUUACAUCAACUAAAGUUUGUGGUUUACCUCAAGGGAAUAUAAUGUUUAGUAUCUUCUUUAUCUGAAUAUGAUUAGACAAGGAAAUUGCACUUUAGAACUACGGCGGUACCACUGUCAUAGUUUUGCAGUCAUAUGCUUGUGAAUCUUUGAAAGUUUGGGACAAUUAUGCGGGUCCUUUCUUAGGAUGGUACAAGGCCAUAUACUAAUAUAUCAGGCUGGUUGAGAGUGUUCCGAGAGAUGAUUUGUUGAACAUGAAAAUGCAUUUGAAUAUUAGUUUGGAUUCACCGAUUCUAGAACAUGUACUCCGAUGCCCUGCUCCUCCAUAUAUAGCUGUAUCAUUCUGAGAUGAGUGGUUAUUUCACACUCCCAUCCAUAACAUUCAUGCACAUAAUUGUUAUAACUUAUAAUUGCACUUGCUACAGGUUUGGGGAAGAAUUUGAAGUGCGACGACAAACCUGCGGCAUGGACCUUCAGCUAUGAUGAUCCUGCAGUGUAGACCUCCAUUUGUGAGGAACCUGCGAGUGAGAUUAAGUUUGAAGGAUUGCGGCCAAAACAGAUUGGUAUAUGGUUUCAGAAGGAGUGUGGCCAAAAUAGAUUGUUCAAGAACUGUCUAAAAUCUUUGACUGAAGUGGGGAAUUACAGCAGAAAAUGGUGGUACUGUGCUAAGGCCUUUCAGAAAAAGGGAUUUGAUGUUGUUUUGUGUCCUGGAGAACUACCUGUACUAUGAGAAUGUGUCUGAUAGUAUGUUGUAUAGGACCAUCAGACCAAAGAGAUUAUAAUUUUCUUUUUAAAAUUUCUAGUCAAAUGUUGAUGUAUUUUUAAUUAUAAUACUACUUUGCUUCCCUGUAAUAAUAGUUCAACAUUUUUCUACUGUCAAAAUGCUUGUAUUUUGCGAGAAAACUAAUCUGAAACACCACUCAACUUAAGCAUUAAAAAUAAAUAUUUUU